AAACUUGACUCGCAUUAUGUCCUCAGGGGAAGGAUUGAGCCGGAGGACGAUAACCUUGAUGCGGAGAAUACCUUGAAAGAAUCUUGUACGUCAUCAUGUAACAAUGCUGCAGCUACCAGUGAUCCUUUCACUGAAGAAAAUGAUAUUGGUGCUAACUGUUCUGUCCCUGGAUUUAAUCCACCACUUAUAUCUGACAACCCUUGUGUGAAUCCAAAAUUUGAUGGCUACGCUGAUCACCAAAGUUUGGAUGUCAAUGAACUGCUUAAACAGUACAAUGAACUUGAGCAUAAGAAAGAAAAGAUUGUGGAACAACUUUGGCAAGCAAAUUACUGGAACUAUCAAACCCAGCUUCCGUGUCUGACCAAUCAACAGCAGCAGGUCCCUGUGAGCAGUGUUUCUGAAAAUGUCCCAAAUACCUCAUGUCCUUGGUGCACAUAUCAGUGUCCCAUGACCAGUGCACUGUCUGUGGGACAUGGUUGUUGUCCGCUACCGAUUUUGUGUUGUUCUGGUUCUCAAGUACAGCAAGAAGUAGGAGGUGCUCAUUGCUCCACUAAUCAUGAAAAAUGUUCAUCGGUGACCUCAUUUCCCAUGAACACCAUGAAUCAUUUAGUUCAAGAGGAUGGCAGAGCUGUUGAAAAAGGGCCCAUGCCCGUGGAAUUGGUGAAAAAUUCUGUUAAGGAAGACUUGGCAAUGGCUUUUAAUCUCCAUGAAGAAAAGAAAAACGGGGAGGUUGAUUCGUCAAGCAAAGAUUUAUCAAGUACCAGCCUAAAGACUGAUCUCAAUACUGUUAUAAAUGCAUGGUAUUGGGCAGGCUACCACACUGGCAGGUAUCUCUUGGAGCAGGAGCAGUCAGACAAGCAAAACGAUAAUACCAGCAAAGGGAACAUCCUAACUGUUUCUGAAGAGAAAGGUGUCACUGAUUGCCAAAAACCGUAGGUUUUAUGGUUUUUACUCCAAUGGCUUCAUCAGGUAUUGCAAAUCUUCACACUGAAUCUUUUGACAAUUCAAAAGAAUUUAGGAAGUUGUUCGAUCAAUGUUUUACUAUUGAAACAUGAAACUUGAUCACUUUAUUUCUGCUCGACAUGAAAUGCUUUUUUACUGAACUUCUUAACCCAGCAUUUGUGGGACAGUGAAACAGUCUAUUGCUCAUUCUAUCAAACAAAUUUACCUAGGAAACUUGUAAUUUUUACCUGUUUGUUUCAAUAGGAUCUUGCUAAUACUUUUUACUAUCUCCUUAUUGCAAUUAAA